AUGCCUGCAGUAGGUGACCAGCACAAGCCAAACGGCAGCACGACAGCCAACCCGUUCGAAGAGCGUCCGCCACGAAUAACAGAAUAUACUGCUCAAGAGAUUGCUACCCUGCAAAGUCGGCUAGACAAGCAAUUAGGACCGGAGUAUAUCUCCUCACGCGCAGGACCAGGUGGCUCAAAAGUACACUACCUGGCAGCGGACAAGGCCAUCAGUCUUGCCAAUGAGGUUUUCGGCUUCAAUGGCUGGAGCAGCUCCAUUCAAAACAUUCAGAUCGAUUUUGUCGACGAGAACCCUCAGACGGGCAAGAUUUCUCUCGGUCUCUCCGUCAUCGUGCGGGUAACCCUGAAAGACGGCUCCCACCACGAAGAUAUUGGUUACGGACAAAUUGAGAACUGCAAAGGCAAAGCAGCUGCUUUUGAGAAGGCUAAAAAGGAGGGUACCACGGAUGCAUUGAAGAGGACUCUGAGAAAUUUUGGCAAUGUCUUGGGCAACUGCGUCUAUGACAAGAGCUACUUGUCGAAGGUCACAAAGAUGAAGGUGGGAAGCACCAAAUGGGACGAGGGUAUGCUCCAUCGACACGCAGACUUUGCACCUAAAAAGGCGCCAGAAGAGAGAAAGCCAAUUGUCUCUACACACGCACAAGAAGAAACGCCAGAAUUUGAGGACAGUUUCGAGCUUGCAGACUUUGAAGAACUUGAUUUUGAUGGUGUCGACAUGGGGCAUCCAGAUGAGGUCUCAUUACCUGCAGAGCCGACAGAUUCGACAAAUAAGUCGGGUCUUUCGGCUUCAGAACGAACUAAACCACAGGCCAGGGCUGAUCUGAUAACUACGCCAUCCAAACCACCAGCCAGGGCAAGUAGUGAUCCUCGAGUGGCGCUCCCAAAGCCUGCCCAGACUCUUCCACCCACUACUGUCAUACCUCAACCUCUGCCCGGCCAGCGGCACCAAGCGGCUCCAGUCCCUGUUGCAAAACCCUUGACAGGAGACUCUCGACCGCCUAUUGACAAUGUCUCUCGGGCGGCUUCACCUCUACCUCCCCACCAUUUGCCUCCCCAGCAAGCAAGUCAAGGCGUUGGCUUUUAUUCAGCCAGGGCUGCUGAAGUUCUGGAUGAGAACAACAACGUGAUUCCCGCUGCAGCGGCGACGGCACCUCGAUUCAACCCACAUGCUGAGAGUCCAUCCAUCCGCAAGACUUCCGGGGUCAACCAUAACAGGUCUAUUCCCUUGAAACGAGACUUGACUCCAGACACCACCAAUCUCCGGACGAAUGUCAUCAACCCACAAUCCGAUCCGAUGAGACGAUUGGGUGCUCCUGGCCCCAGCGGACCGAUUCCAGGCGCGCGAGGGCCUAAUACCUCUGCAUACCGACCUCCCACGAGACGAGGACCUUUGGACUCAGGCCCUGGGCACGCAGUGAGCUCAGUUGACCCUAGUGGAGUUGACCGCGUUUUGCAGGCAGCGAAGAGAACACCGCUAGGAGACGUGAGCAAUGUCCAGCAGCAUCAUGUAACAUCGAUCACUGCCGACGGGGCUGAUGCUAAGAGACAGCGAGUAGACGGCACUGAAGAGGUGGUCACCGGGAAUCCAAGGAUUAGUGGAUAG